GGGGAAAUGUCAUUUGCAAAUGACGUUCUGGUGGAGGGGGGGUCUUUGUCGGAAAUGCACAAUGGAAUAACUUACCGCGAAGUGCGUCAGUACCGAACCGGCUACCACCUCGUGCGGUUCUACUUCCUAACCCGCAUCUAUUCAGAAUACGUAGAGAGCGUGCUGGCUGACUUCAAAGAAGGCCCUCAGCCCGAUGUCCUCAUCCUCAACUCUUGUAUCUGGGACCUCAUCAGGUAUGAUUACCAACCACUGGAGUUCUACAAAACCAACUUGGAUCGCCUGUUUUGUCGGCUCACUGAAGUGCUGCCUCCCGAAUGUCUGGUGAUAUGGAAUAUGACCAUGCCCGUUGGAUUCAAAGAUGGUGAAGUCCAAGAGGUAACCAGGAAAGAAAGUAUGGGUUUUUUGCGCUGGGACAUCAUAGAGGGAAAUUUCUACAGCGCCACGCUGGCAAACUUGCACAAAAUGGACGUGAUGGACAUGCACUACCACUUCCGCUUCGACCUGCGCGCCAGGACUCGGGACUCCAUCCACUGGAACCAGCUGGCCCACCGGAAGUACACCCAGAUCCUGAUGUCGCAUAUCGCUCAAGCAUGGGGCGUGCAGGCCCCUGAGACACCCAUAGCGAAAUGUCAUCCCAUAAAAAGCGUUCCUCCUGUAGGUCUCUUGAGGAAAGUCCCCCUCCGUCGCCCACCGUUUAAUGACCAGGAAAACAGCCAGCAUCACUUCGGUCAUUUCAUACACGCUGCUGCUCCUCCUCCAGUAGUCUCCUUGAGGAAUGUCCCCCAUUUUCCUCCCCAGGAAAACCGCAAUCACUUUGGACCCAUGUUCCUCCCUGGAUACACGUCUUUUGAUGAUAACGGUGAUAGCGAUAUGAUCGGUCAGCAUUUAAAAGCUUCUUAG